GGCCAGCCCUCCCCAGAUCUCCUCCCCCAGGCCCGGUCCCCUCACAGGACGCCCCCUCCCCGCUCUUCCUGCCGGGUUUCCUCUGCCUUUUCCUGUCCCCCACCCAGUGCUGGGAGCUGGGGCAGAGGCAAAGGCUGUACAGGAGCAGCGGGGUCAGGAACCAACCAGGGCAAACGGAGCCAAGGCCCCCGGGUGCUGCCGGGACCCGAAGCAGGGGCCAUGUUAUCUGGUGAGCGAAAGGAGGGUGGAAGUCCCCGCUUCGGGAAGCUCCAUCUCCCCGUGGGCCUGUGGAUCAAUUCUCCCAGGAAGCAGCUGGCCAAGCUGGGGCGGCGCUGGCCCAGCGCUGCCUCUGUCAAGUCUUCGUCUUCCGACACGGGGAGCCGCAGCAGCGAGCCGUUACCCCCGCCGCCGCCGCACGUGGAACUGCGGCGAGUGGGCGCGGUCAAGGCGGCCGGGGGAGCCUCGGGGAGCCGCGCCAAGCGCAUCUCUCAGCUCUUCCGGGGCUCGGGGACCGGGACCACGGGGUCUGGUGGCGCGGGAGGCCCCGGGACCCCGGGGUCCGCGCAGCGCUGGGCCAGCGAGAAGAAGCUGCCGGAGCUGGCGGCAGGCGUGGCCCCCGAGCCUCCACUGGCCGCCCGCGCCACGGCGCCCCCGGGGGUCCUCAAGAUCUUCGGCGCGGGGCUGGCUUCGGGCGCCAACUACAAGAGCGUGCUGGCCACGGCGCGCUCCACGGCGCGCGAGCUGGUGGCCGAGGCGCUGGAGCGCUACGGGCUGGCCGGCAGCCCCGGCGGCGGCCCCGGCGAAAGCAGCUGUGUGGACGCCUUCGCGCUCUGCGACGCGCUGGGCCGGCCCGCUGCGGGCGCCGUGGGCAACGGCGAGUGGCGGGCGGAGCACCUGCGCGUGCUGGGCGACUCCGAGCGCCCGCUGCUGGUGCAGGAGCUGUGGCGGGCACGGCCCGGCUGGGCGCGGCGUUUCGAGCUGCGCGGCCGCGAGGAGGCGCGCCGUCUGGAGCAGGAGGCCUUCGGGGCGGCGGACAGCGAUGGCACGGGCGCCCCCUCGUGGCGGCCGCAGAAGAACCGCUCCCGGGCGGCGUCGGGUGGGGCGGCGCUGGCCAGUCCUGGCCCAGGGUCGGGGUCCGGACCCCCGGCUGGGUCCGGGGGCAAGGAACGCUCCGAAAACCUAUCCCUGCGGCGCAGCGUAUCGGAGCUCAGUCUGCAGGGGCGGCGGAGGAGGCAGCAGGAGCGUAGGCAGCAGGCACUUAGCAUGGCCCCAGGGGCAGCUGACGCCCAAAUCGGACCUGCAGACCCCGGAGACUUUGAUCAGUUGACCCAGUGCCUCAUCCAGGCCCCCAGCAAUCGCCCCUACUUCCUGCUGCUGCAGGGCUACCAGGACGCUCAGGACUUCGUGGUGUAUGUGAUGAUGCGGGAGCAGCACGUGUUUGGCCGGGGUGGGAACUCCUCGGCUCGAGGUGGGUCCCCUGCCCCAUAUGUGGACACCUUUCUCAACGCCCCAGACAUCCUGCCACGUCACUGCACAGUACGCGCGGGCCCUGAGCCCCCGGCAAUGGUGCGCCCAUCCCGGGGAGCCCCGGUCACGCACAACGGGUGCCUCCUGCUGCGGGAGGCCGAGCUGCAUCCGGGCGAUCUGCUGGGGCUGGGCGAGCACUUCUUGUUCAUGUACAAGGCAGUUCAGCCCGGGACGGCUCGGAGGCUGGGUCACCUGCCGCGCCUGCUGGGCCGCCUGGCCCGUCUCAUCAAGGAGGCUGUCUGGGAAAAGAUUAAGGAAAUUGGAGACCGCCAGCCAGAGAACCACCCUGAGGGGGUUCCUGAGGUGCCCUUGACCCCUGAGGCCGUGUCUGUGGAGCUGCGGCCACUCAUGCUGUGGAUGGCAAACACCACGGAGCUGCUGAGCUUUGUGCAGGAGAAGGUGCUAGAGAUGGAGAAGGAGGCCGACCAGGAGGACCCACAGCUCUGCAAUGACUUGGAAUUAUGCGACGAAGCCAUGGCCCUCCUGGAUGAGGUCAUCAUGUGUACCUUCCAGCAGUCUGUCUACUACCUCACCAAGACUCUAUAUUCAACGCUGCCUGCUCUCCUGGAUAGCAAUCCUUUCACAGCUGGGGCAGAGCUGCCGGGGCCUGGCGCAGAGCUGGGGGCCAUGCCUCCGGGGUUGAGACCUACCCUGGGCGUGUUCCAGGCAGCCCUGGAACUGACUAGCCAGUGCGAGCUGCACCCGGACCUUGUGUCUCAGACUUUCGGCUACUUGUUCUUCUUCUCCAAUGCGUCCCUUCUCAACUCGCUGAUGGAACGAGGUCAAGGCCGACCUUUCUAUCAGUGGUCUCGAGCUGUCCAAAUCCGAACCAACCUGGAUCUUGUCUUGGACUGGCUGCAGGGGGCUGGGCUGGGCGACAUCGCCACCGAAUUCUUCCGGAAACUCUCCAUGGCUGUGAACCUGCUCUGUGUGCCCCGCACCUCCCUGCUCAAGGCUUCAUGGAGCAGCCUACGAACUGACCACCCGACACUGACCCCUGCUCAGCUCCACCAUCUGCUCAGCCACUACCAGCUGGGUCCUGGCCGCGGUCCUCCACCUGCUUGGGAUCCUCCCCCUGCAGAGAGAGAUGCUGUGGACACAGGAGACAUCUUUGAAAGCUUCUCCUCCCAUCCUCCCCUCAUCCUGCCCUUGGGCAGCUCGCGCCUUUGCCUCACGGGCCCAGUGACGGACGACGCCCUCCACCGUGAACUGCGCAGGCUCCGCCGUCUCCUCUGGGAUCUCGAGCAGCAGGAACUGCCGGCCAAUCACCGCCAUGGACCUCCUGUAGCCACGCCUCCUUGAAAAACCAAUAGCAAACGAGCGCGCGAACCUUGAAAAUUCAUCUACUAGAGCCCGCCCGAGCGCAGAGCUUUCUGGGAGUUGUAGGUUUUUCCCGGCAUGGAAUGCUGGGAGUUUGAGUUUUCGGGUAAUAUAGGAUGGGACCUUGGGAAGUUGGGUUUAGGACUUGAGUGCCAGAAGCAAUAAAGGUAUCUGUGGUAUUGGCAA